AUGGAGACAGGCAGUCAUCAAUCGUCCCAAGAAUCGGACGUUGCGGCUCAAAUCCACAAUCUAGCAGUUUCGGAGAUAACCAACAAAAUGGAGAAAGGAAAACCCCAGGUGAGCGGCCGUGGUGAGCUGAUAAAACAAAUGCGCAAGGAGGUAAAAGCGGUAGUUACUCAAGCCGACAUGGCGUUGGCGCAGUUUUUCACCACGUCGGAUAAAAGGCGUACUGUUGUGUUGGAAUCGAUCAAUGAUAAGAUCGAAAAUGCUCGACUUCGGAAAAAACAGUUGGAAAAGCGUCGUGAAGAGCUUUAUGGACCAGAGGGCAUCCGCAUGGACGGUGAGUGCGAUUCACACAGAGAAGUGUCACAAGCAAACGACAGCGAUAGAGAGCUUUCGUUGCAGUCGAUGAGAAAGGCGAAACAAUCGAAACAAGGGACGACCCCAUAUACGCUGAAUGGGCCAACAGGUACGUCUAGUGAAGACACAGACAAUGAAAGCAGUGAGAGUGUGAAAGUGAAAAGUAGCUCACGGGAGCUGAAAAACCGUAUGAGACUGGAAAGCCAAGAGUCUCAAGCGGAAGCACUGAGGGCAAUGCGAAUGCUGCGGAAGAAGGAACACCAGUCAGUGGUGCAGUUCUGCCUCGAGCUGGAACUUCUGUCAUCGAAGGCAUACCCGAGCUGUGAUGAGGCAGCCCUUGCACUUAUUCGAGCAGAAGUUUUGCACGAGCAGCUCCGUGAUUGGCCGGAGGCGUACCACUUGUAUGAAAUUCUAACCAAUGAAGAAGUGUAUUACGUCUACGAGCGUAUGAAGGAUGCAGCAAUACGCAUCGAGCACUUACGCAAAAGACGAUACGAUUUCAACGGGAAAAAGCUGGAUAGACGUGACAAAAGCGGAUUGACGUCAAAGCAACCAGCAACCCCAAGGGAAUUCACGCACAGCGACUCAGGACGUAGAAGCAAGGACCUUAGUGCAACUCAAGUUUCUACGCCCAAAGAAGACCAACCCAAGAUGGCUGAUAACAUGCCCAAGGCGACCAAGUGCGCAAAAUGCGGCAAGAAAGGCCAUAACACAGAAGAAUGUUGGUCAAGAAAGGGUAGAAGAGAAGUUGGCGGUUCCUUCAGCGCUACGCUGAAAGGGUGGUCCUGCAGCGCAAGUACAUCGGGCACAAAGGUAUGUAGCCUAGUAGGCCCGAAGCAUAUGGUCAAGCUGCAGUGUCUAGGGUUAGAACUCCCUGCUAUGAUCGACACUGGGUCGCAGCUGACCAUUAUGCCAUUGAGUUUCCUGCUCAAAGCCGAAAAGGCAGGGGCAGAUCUUGACACACUCUGUAAAGAGGUAAAAGCCCAAGACAUGGAAGUCUUUGACGCAUCAGGAAAUCUGAUGAAUUUUCUAGGGUGCAUGGAGACGGAGCUGGAACUCAUUGGAGGAAGAAAAAGCCUCGUCCAGAUGCACGUGAAGCGACUCAAAGAUGAAAUCUUGCUAUUAGGAACCAACGCCUUAGAGGUGCUCGGGAUUCAAAUACUAAUCUCCGCUGGAGAUGAAACAACUCAUGGCCACAACAAGACUGAAGGCGCGCAGGAAAAACACUGGCAGAGCCGGAACUCGGGAAUGCCAGAAAACGCGUCCACAGCCGUUGUAGCUAAGAGAUCAUACGUAAAGCCAAGGACCUGCAGUCAAAUAAAAGUGCGAUGUGAACAGCAUUUGAAAAAUGCAGUCCUGUGGUCACACAAUCGGCUGAUUCAAAGCGGCGUGUGUUCAGUAUCCGAAAAAGGACUGGCGGAGGUGCCAGUAUUGAAUAACCGCGAUGAACCGGUGGUCUUCAAAGAAGGGGAAGUGAUUGGCGAGUGGUCGCAACACAAAUGGGUGGAUCCCCGGCUUGUAGAUGCUAAGUCAGACAUGUUAGAGCUGUCGAAGAAGCACGCUACAGAGCCAAGGAUGGAAACGCUACUAGCCCACCUAAGCACGAAUAGAAGAUCUGGAGAUCUCCCUCAGAAGCUGAGGUUACUAAUCCAGGAAUUUGCCGAUGUAUUUGCUGUUAGCGACCACGAACUAACACAAACCGACCUGAUACAGCAUGACAUCGACACAGGAAACACAAAGCCAAUAAAACAGAAAGUCCGCCCGGUGCCGCGAGGAGUCCAACCGGAAUUCAAAGCCAUAUUGAGCGAUUUGGAAGCUCGAGGAGUUAUCGCGAAGUCAACAUCAGAUUGGGCGUCCCCUGUUGUCCUCGUGCAGAAGAAGGACAAAACAUUGAGACUCUGCAUCGAUUACAGAGUCCUCAAUAAACAUAUUAAACAAGAUUCUUAUCCGCUGCCGCGCUACCCCAAGCAGCUGAUCUUGACAGACGACGUCACACAUCCUCUACAUGUGCAAUUCACGUGUCAUGAGAAGGCGCACGCGAAGCCACCAGGCGAUUUCAAUGGAUUCCGUUUGUCGGUGCCUUGUCCCUUGUUAACGGACACACAAGCAACACGUUUGGAUCAUGUACUGAAAGGACUACCAGUACACAUGCAGGGCAUAAGAUUCGAAAAUGUGUACAGAUUAGCUCAACUCGUGCAAGUUUGGCUGCAAGACAACUUGUCAGAAAGAGAAAAGCUCAUAGAAAUGGCGAAAAAGGCGAACGAAGCCUCGGCAGAAGCGCUGGCAGUCGCUUUACUAUAUUACAGAGGGAGCUGUUUACAUUUUCAGCUCAGCGAGGAAAAGCUCGAGCCCUCCGAUUUCUACCACGAGCACAUUCGAAUUGCUGGAUCCUGCAAAAGAUUGAGCGCAGUCUUCCAGAAUGCGAUGAGCCUCAUUCACGGCCAGAACUGGGAAGGUCCGUGGGAAAGACCAAAGCGCUCACUGGCACUGUUCGUUCCAAAAAACCUGGAAAAUGUACUCAGAUGGUUGCCAGAGAGCGUCAAAGGCGUAGUUUAUGACAACGACUCCCUACCGCCCCCAGAGAACAAGAGCGAUGUGUUGAUGAUCAUCGGAAAAGGGUUCUCGGAUAAAGAGAUUACCCUAUACGUGUUACGACCAUGGCUGGACAGCCUGAGAACAAUGGAUAUAAAUUUCGCCGUUGGAAUGGCACCCAGGGAACACAAUUCCGAGUCGAACAUUCGCUUAUGGGAACACGCGGCCUCAAACGUCUCAGUCGUUCUUAGCACCGUUGCCCCAUAUAUGGAAGUUAAGUUUUUCGGGAAAGACGCCCCUGCUGGAGAAUGGGACAAUCCCAUACGUUGCCUUGGGAGUGACCCGUACGACAACAAUGAAAUAGUUGGACGUUUCAAGACUCGUCUUUGGUAUGAAAAAGUACGCAAAUUUUGGGUACCACUGUGGCCAGAACCACGGACUGAGGCGGACGACAAGACCGUCACCCGCAAAAGAAGCAGUGGCAACUCGGAACCUGGAUAUAACGGCAGAAGCAUGCCGAAACGUGGAAAAUUUUGGUCUCGUGGUCGACACGAAACA